AUGGAUUCGGGUCGAUAUGUCUCAUGGAAGGGAUUCGGGAAGAAACAGACGGCGUCCCGUCCAACCUUUGCUUGCUUUACUGAGCAAUUGUCUAUCGAGAUGCUUCCGUUUACUCGAACAAGAAACGAACGCAUCAAACGUCCGUCGUCUAGCGGUAAUCUAGACUGCAACAUUUUCAUUCAAUUCAUUAGAUCUUUAGGGCCUUCCAUUCGUAUUCUCCGUCGCGGUCGUAAUCGUAUUGCUCGUUCGAUGGAGAAUCCAAGCACUGCCCUCUUCGAUGGAGCAAUACACUGCAAUGAUUCUAGUCUGUUGGAUAACCUUUCUCUGUUAAGCAAAGCUUGA